AUGAGCCACAACAUCAAUCGCACCACCCUGCGCCCCGCGAACGACGGACUCGUUCUUCAAGACGGUCCUUACCAAAUCGUUAUCUCCGGGCACUUUGGACGUGCUCUGGGCCGAGAGUUUCGUGCUGCUUGUCGCGCGGACAAACAAUCUGGACAAGAUGUCGGCCGUAUUACUUUCUUACGCUUCCUGCUGGCCAACCUCAUGCUGCUUCUGUGCAUCAGCCUUGUUCUGUACUGUAUGGGCAUAAAGGUCAACGUUGAAUGGCAGUAUUCGUACAUCGAUAUACGCCAUGUGGGUACCCUCCCGAAGUUCCGCGCCCUAAUAGUCGUAGUCAAGAAGAUGUGA